GGCAAAGUGUGUAGCUCAGAUGAACUGUAUAGUAUUAAGGUCUAUGCACCUCUAUCAAGAGAUCUAUGUGCAAGAUGUAGAAAUGAAUUAUAUACCCAACGCUUCCAUCCUUAGUUCAUCGUGUGUGAAAUUAAUCAUUAAAGACCAGUGCUUUUUCCUUGUCGUCAAAACUCAUUACGAGAUAUAUCCAUGACAUGUAGAGCAGAGGUUCUGAGUUGCUUAGAAGAGAGCAAUGGCACCGAGGACGGCGAGAACGCCGGCGGGGGCAAUGCGGCCGGCAGCAGCUGUGACGACGGCAGGGUUGGUACCCUCGGGGACGAGGUAGGUAGCGGUGCCAGUAGGGACGGGGACGGGAGCAGCGGUGGUAGGCUUGCCGGGGACAGCGGGAGCAGUGUAGCCGGGCUUACCGGGCUUGCCGGGAGUGGGCUGAGGGUAAGGGUGCUCGGAAGCAGGGUGGGUGGUGGUGAAGUGGCAGUCGGUGACGGUGACGGUGCCGGGAGCGGUGACAGUGACGGUCUUGUUGCCGUAGGUCAGAGUGGUGGGCUCAGGGCAGUAGGUAGUCACGGCGGUGAUGACCUCAGUGGUGUAGACGGGGUGAGGGACAACGGGCUUGGUGGGCUUGACGGGGUAGCUGAGUGUGCAAGGGCAGUCGGUGAUGGUCAAGGUGGUCUCAGAGGUGACGGUGUAGGUCUUGUCACCGUAGGUGAGAGUGGUAGCACCAGGGCAGUAGGUUGUGAUGGCGGUGACAACCUCAGUGGUGUAGUGGGUGGUGCCGUUGGAGGGAGGGGCGUAGUAGGGAGAAGCGGUGGCAGCUCCGAUGAGGAGGCCAGCAGCAGCAACCUUGAUAGCAACCAUUUUGAAGGAUUUGGUGAGGUUUUUAAUUAAGUUCUGACUUGUAAAAACGAGUGAAGUGCAGAAAAGCAAGAUUGAGCUUUGAGCGAGAGUGUAACGACUGAAGCGAGUGUAGUUGUUGAGAGAGGAGGAAGAAGUUAGCGAAAAGGUGGAAGAGAGUGAGGGUAUUUAUCUCUGAGUUCAACACCAAGACAAA